CUAGAAGGAGUUUAUUUCCCUCGGCCCCUCCAGCAAGCCCUCGACUCCGAGGUCCUCAGACGCAGACCCAGAAAAGGGGGGAAUGGAGGCACCCGUUAACUAUUGAUUAAUAUCGUUCCGGUUGAUAUAGGGCUGGCAAAGACACCUCGAAAACACCAUUGGCCAACAUGGUCAGAAUCUAUAGUAGCCAAUAAUUCAGUCAGUUAACGAGGGCGCGCGUUAAUAACUUUAAAAAAAAUGCGAUAAAAAGCGACAAAAAUAAGUCACAAAAAAGCGCCAUGGCACAAUGUUGGCGGCGGAGAGCCACUGCAAAGGCCCCAGUUCCCCAAAAACGUCAAGGCUCCGGCACUAUUGGAUUUUUGACAGUGACGGUGGGAGGAGCUUUGGGCUUGGGCUCGUUCCCUCGGUUAGUCCGACCUUGGGAUCGAAAUAGUUCCCUCGCUAGUCUUCCCCAUAAUCCAGGGGAGAAGAGACAUUGGUGGGCUUGGCGUCGAGACUAGUUCUAUAUCGGAAUCGGAAUAUUGGGGGUUGAUAUGGAUCGUAUGGAUAGUUGAGUCGGUAUGUGGUGGUGGUAGUGGUGGUAGUGGUGGAUGGACUCGGGAAAGGGGGGACGUUAUCAAGGAUCCGAUAGUAUGGAUCGUCUUGAUGGUAGAUGAUCGAGGAUAGACUAUAGACUAAUGAGUGAUAUUUUCAGGGGAGGAUAACGGUGAUAUUGCCCCAGUGGGAAUAUCCUCAUUGCAUUGAUUGCAUGUUGUGUGCGAUGGAUCAGAUGGCAG